AUGGCGCAUAUAUUGAGAGUGGGAAGUAAAAAGAAAAAGUUACAAGACAUUGCAAUGUCGGUGCAUAGUAUGUGCAAAGGCAAGGCCAUUCAAAUAGAAGGAAUAGGUCUGCAGAACAGCAUUAAAAAGACUGCAGAAAAGAAUGGCGUUGAACCUGGAAGUUAUUUGGCAGAUAUGUGUCCAUUCUUAAGCAGAUGGAUUUUGUGCAGCAAAAGUGAAAACACUAUCAAAUCUUACUUCAAUGCUUUUAAAAGAUGGGAGGUUUUCAUCACAACACAAGGACACAGUGCGUUACCGGCAAGUCCGAUCCACGUAGCAAUACAUUUGUAUUUGACGCAUUUAUUACAGUCGGGGGCAUCUCAAUAUCCCGUAAACAAUGCGGUAUACGCUAUUAAGUGGGCUCAUGAUUGUGCGGGUUGAACUGAUCCAACGAAAAAUUCAUUUGUUAAUUCUGUUCAAGAAGCUGCAAGACGAAAAGCCAGCCAUAGUAUCCAGACGAAAGAACCUAUCACCAAGGAUGUGUUAUUUGCACUUUGUGAUACAUUUAUUGAUGAAAGUGAUUUGUUAAUUGUAAGAAAUAUUACAAUGAUUUUGUUUUGUUUUGCCGGUUUCCUUAGGUUCGAUGAGGUUAGCUCAUUAACAUUUAAUGAUGUGAUUGUACGUGAUGAUUACUUAGUGCUGUUUAUUAAGAAAUCCAAAACAGAUCAGUGCAGGCAAGGAAGCGAAGUUCUUAUCGCUAAAGCAACGUCUGCAUCUCCAGUCAAUAUGUAUUUGAGAUAUUUAGAUCUUCUGGGUAUUCAUUCUUUAAGGGCAGGUGGGGCGACUGUGGCAGCGAAUUCGAACGUUGAUGAAACAUGUUUGAAAAGGCACGGUAGAUGGAAAAGUGGCACUGCCAAAGAUGGCUAUAUAGUGGAUUCUUUGGGGAAACGCCUUUUGGUGUCAAAAUCACUGGAGUUAUAGGAGUUUUUCUGUCACAGUCGGUUGUUUUUUCCACCCCCUUCUUUGUAUUUUCUAGAGCAAUCACGACUGG